CCUAUCUCUGCUUUUACUAAAGUAGAUUUUGUUGUUUGUUCUUAAUAAACUCGAUUUUGCAAAAAUUCUUAAAGUGUUUGUGCAAAUUUAAUGAAAUGUUGUUACUUUUUGUUGUUACACAAAGUCAUUGAACUGUGUCAACGUAACAUUGUUGAGUAAAUUCACAGGUUUGUCCCUCUGCACAUACUGCUGCCUGCGUGCAGAGCCCGCCUAAGUAAGGGCCAAUGCGCAUGCGCACCACCCUCUUUCUCAAGCUUGCUUUUUCUUCGCCAUGUGGACUGGUUCAGCCGCAUUUUUGUCCAAAAAUCAGAUACGUUGAUGUGGCAGUGCAAAUUGUGCAAAAAAGUGGUGUCAUCACGAGCUCUGUUAUUAAAACACUACAGGUGUACCAGAAACAUCCACUGGUAGUAAUGAAAGCAGUGUGUCCUCAUUUAACUUGGGUAGCCCCUGCUCUGGCCACAACCCUGAUUAUGACACAGAUAUACUGUCAUCGCCAGAAUCCAGGUCAUCAAGCUCCUCGAGCUCAGCAAACUCCACGCUGCGAUCAGAAGCCUGGCCACUGGACUUUCGCAUACCCGAGUUUAGCUUCGAUGUAGAGCUGCAAUUGACAAAAGGCAACCAGGAAUUCCAAGCCAAUGGAACACUUUUAACCCUAAAACCAAAGCUCAAGUCUGACAUUUUAGAGAGCUUGUCUUCAGAAAUUAUGAAGUACAAAGCUUACCCUUCAGACAGCAAUCUUAGUGAUGUUUGCCAAGCUUUGGUUGUAAAGCAUCCAUGCUUGAAAGAGAAGGGUUCAGAAACUGGAUUUUCUGCAUGGAAGAUCAGUUUGAAGUAUAAAAUGUCAAACUAUCGUGGAAAACUGAAGAACUUAGGGUGUAGUGAGUUGGUCAUCAAUUCUCUCAAAAGAAGAGGGAACAGUAAUGUGCAUCCCAACCAAGUCAAGAAACCCAGGAGAGCGGAGGUGAAUUUCUGCCCUGAUUAUCCAGCUGGAGAAACCCGAGAGAGUCAGGAAGAAGAAAGGUUGGUGCUGCUUUCAGAGUUCAAGAAGAAGAACAACGAUGAAACCAUCAAAGCAAAAAUGGCCCAAACCUUUCCUCACCGGAGGCAAGAAAUUCUUCAGGACAUGCCCUUCGUAGCUGACUUUAAAAGCCGAUGGCCAGCUCUUUUUUCUCCACGUGAGAUAAAUGCUGAAUUCCAGCGCAUCACUACGGUCCCGCUAACAUCCACAUUUAUGGCACAGCUGGACAACAACACAACCAAACUGACCAAAGUCUUCAGAAACAAGGGAGGAACAUCUGGACGCAAGAUCACAGAAAUCAUGGCUGCAAUUGAUGAGAACGACACAGUUGCAAUGAGAAGGGUGUGUACGCUGAAAGGACUUGCAGUCUACCUCAAUGAAGAUCCGAACAGCUUGAUCAAAGAAUAUCAGGAUGUGGACUUCCAUGAGGCCGAAAGUGAAAUGGAGAAGACGCUCAUUGGCAUCUACGUCAUCAAACCAGAAGGAGAGCGUGACCUUGACCCGGCAGAAGACAUUGGUAUCAUAAUUGAGGGUGUCGCUGUGCUCAAAGAUCUUCCUGAUGUUGCCACUGCUGUUGUGUUGUUGUUCGGCCUGAUCUACACUUUAAACAUGAGCUACCCAUCCAACCUCAGGUACACUUUUGAGUUUUUUCAGAAAGUACUGAUGGGACUUGAUGCUAAGAAGCUAUCAAACAAAGUUCAAGUGCUCAGAAACAAACUCCUUGAAUAAAGAG